UCUUAUGGUGCUCCUUUGGGUAGAUGCGGAACAGUAUGGGGUGGCUUCUAGCCUUGGUUUAUCAGAUGAUGCAAAAUACCCUGCUUUUGUGAUUGCUCGAGGUGAGGACCACUUUGUUCAUCCAUCUACGGAACCGGUAACUGCAGAGAGCAUUGAAAAAUUUAUUAUCGAAUACUCCGAAAAGAAAUUAUCUCCAGAAAUUAAAUCUCAGCCCGUCCCUGAAAUUGAAACCGUUGAGGGGCUGACCACAGUUGUAGGGAAGACAUUGGACAAGUACCUUUCAUCUGGAAAAGACAUGUUGAUCGAGUUUUUUGCUCCGUGGUGUGGGCACUGCAAGAAUUUGGCUCCAAUUUACGCGAAGGUGGCGAAGGAAUUUGAGUCCUCGGACGUUAUUAUUGCCGCCAUGGAUGCUACUGCUAACCAGGUGGACAACUCUCUCUUUGACGUUUCUGGUUUUCCGACCAUAUACUUUGUUCCCCAUGGAGGAAAGCCAAUUGUGUAUGAUGGGGGCCGUACGUUCUAUGAAAUUUACAAGUUUGUUCAUGAGCACAGCUCAACUUUAAAAGAUGUGCCGAUCCCAGAAGAAGUCAAGAGGGAAGAGGAAAAAAAUGGGGAUUACGAUGAUCUAUAG